AUGAAGUCACGAAGCAUGGAAAACACCAACCAUAUCUUCGGUACUGGCAGCGGCAAGGAAUCCGAUGUAGCGAACACUUUCCCUUCGGCGUUAGACGGUUCGCGCCAAGAGCUCAAUUAUAACGAUUGCUCGUUGAAAAUUGACUGGAAUGACCAAUACCUGAUCUCGAAUAACGAAGUCAGCACACCGUUCUUCUUCGAGAACACUGGAGAAUUACAGGGCAGACUGGCCCAUAUACUCCAAAAGCAACGACAAAUCCAGGCUCCACUCCCAGUGUCGAGAGUGGAGCAGCCUAUAACAGCAGGGAUUCCAAUCACAGUCACCAUGCUUCACCAAGCGAAAGCGCAGCUGCAGCCGACAGGCCCAGAAGCAGGACUUCUAGGCGAGUAG